AUGAAUGGCACACAGUCAUCGAACUGCUUCGAUCCUACAGCAAUAAAAGUCGGUUACACCGUCACUUACUUCCUCUUACUCGUGGUUUCGUUGGCUGGAAAUAUUCUCGUUGGGAUAAUUGUCUUCAAGACGAAACGCAUGAGAAAGCCCAUAAACUUUUUUAUUGUAAACAUGGCUAUUUCCGAUCUUCUCUUCCCGAUUUUCCUUUUCACCCCAAAGCUUAUGGUGCUGCUUAACAACGGUCCUUGGAUAAUCAGUGGUGUUGUUGGUCAGAUGUCAUGCAAGCUGCGUCAUUUUCUUACAGAUGUCUCCUCGUUUGUAUCCAUCCAGAGUCUGAUUCUGAUAGCAGUGGAUCGAUUUGGAGCUGUGAUGUUUCCUCUUCGUUCUCCACUAAUCGGUUCAAAACUGUGCCGUCUCUUCAUUCUGGGCACUUGGAUCGUUGCGAUGGCUAUCCAGUCUCCAUUCCUCUUCGCCCAAAAACUCGUUGACAAUAAAGAACGAGUACGGUGCGUUUUGAGAUGGGAAGAAACCUUUGGAAAUUCGUCGUCUUUCGAAAUCUACGCUUUAGCAGUUAUAAUUUUAAUGUUCUGUCUUCCUUUGGUUUUGAUCACCUUACUUUAUCUCUCCAUUCUCCUUAAACUCAAGACCCAGGCGAUUCCUGGCGAGGGAUCAGACAAUGCGAGAGAACAACGUGAAAAAAGAGAGCGGAAUGUGCUGAAGAUGUCCAUCGCUAUCUUGACAGUGUUUACAAUAUGCUGGCUACCACAUAAUAUCUACUGGUUCAUAGACUUAUUUCCGCCGGAAAAAAUCGUUUUAACGUCGUGUAGUUUCCGUCACUUCGGGUCGAUUGCGUUCCUUCUGGGUAGCGCAAAUUGUGCUAUAAACCCUUGCGUAUGUUUCAUUUUCAGUGAAAAUUAUCGGCGUGGUCUCAAGAAUCUUUUUUGUUGCGCAACUACAUCUCAGGCGUAA